CGAUGUGUAUGAGCGGAUAAGAACGAACCACCCCUCUCUUUCACCCUCACUUUUUUUCCUACAACUAUCCUUGCAUUCAUCGCCGCUUCGUUUUCUAAAACCCCAUUCAAAUCUUUUUCAUCACCCUCAAACUGGAAACCAACUUUGUUCGUGAAAUCAAACCUAAGAACCGACGAAUUAUGGGUGUGGGAGGACCUGUUGAAGAAGAAAACAAAUGGCCGCCAUGGUUGAAACCUCUGCUUCGUGAGAGCUUCUUUGUUCAAUGCAAAUUGCAUGCUGAUUCACACAAAUCCGAAUGUAAUAUGUACUGUUUGGAUUGCAUAAAUGGCCCUCUGUGUUCACUGUGUCUCAAUCGUCAUGAGGACCACCGCGCCAUUCAGAUACGGAGAUCAUCAUAUCAUGAUGUGAUUAGGGUAUCUGAGAUUCAGAAGUUCUUGGACAUCAGUUCAGUUCAGACUUACAUUAUCAACAGUGCAAAGGUUGUGUUCUUGAACGAACGACCACAGCCAAGGCCAGGCAAAGGUGUUACAAACACUUGUGAAGUUUGUGAGCGUAGCCUUCUCGAUUCAUUCCGAUUCUGUUCACUUGGCUGCAAGAUUGUUGGGACGUCCAAGAAUUUCGAAAGGACGAUGAAGAUUUCGCCGGAGAAGAAGCAUCUGAUAAUGGCGGUGUCUGAUUCAGAGGAUUCAUACAGCAGUGGCAACCAUCUUCGGCAGCGGAAUAACACCAGAAUUCAAAGCUUUACUCCGUCAACGCCACCUCCGACCGCCGCAAGCUUCAGAACAGCAAAGAGGAGAAAGGGUAUUCCCCACAGAGCACCAAUGGGAGGACUAAUCAUAGAAUGUUAAACCAACCAGUCAAACCAGUCCCUAAGCUUUUACUUAAUUACUCAAAGGUCCCUCUUUUACCAACUCCUUAUCAAAUCCAACCACUCCUCACAUUUCCAAAACACAAGUGCUUUUUACCUUAAAAAGCCUGUGUGUGGAAUUACCCUUUAAGCCUUGUAUUUUGUACAAAGAAGCAGCAUAUAGGAUAUAGUAAUGGAAUAGACACUCUUGGAAUAGAAGGGCAAAAUUGUAAAAAGACUAAAAAAAUAAGGUUUGAAAAUGUCAAAUAUUUGGGCUAUAGAAUAAGCUUUUCAUUUUUUUUUCUUUUGUUUGAAAAUGUAAUUAUGGUGUUAUUGUAUGGUUUAGAAGGAUAUGAAUGAUGCCAAUGUACUCUUAUGAAAUAUAAAAAAAGUGAAGCCUAUAAUGGGAAUAAAUAAGUUGUAUAUUUACUU